ACCACUCCUUAAACCUCUCUCUCUUUCUCUCUCUCUCUCUCUUUUCUAAUCGGCCAUGGCCAACUUCUUUAACACCCACUUCACAGUGCUUCUAUGCACCUUUCUGAUCUUUUUCUCUCUGCCCAUUUCUCAAUCCUACUCCUCCAUCCAUGACCUCCUUCGCUCCAAAGGCUUGCCGCCCGGUCUGCUCCCCAAGGAGGUGAAAUCCUACACUCUGUUAGAAAACGGUACCCUGGAAGUCUUUCUUGACGGGCCAUGCCUGACCCGGUUUGAGAACAGGGUUUAUUUUGACAGUGUUGUGAGGGCCAAUCUCACCUACGGGAGUCUCAUAGGAGUCGUGGGUCUUUCCCAAGAAGAGCUUUUUCUAUGGCUGCCGGUGAAAGAUAUCAUUGUUGAUGAUCCAAAAUCAGGGCUUAUUCUGUUUGACAUAGGGGUCGCUCACAAGCAACUUUCUUUGUCACUCUUUGAAGAGCCCCCCAGUUGUAAGGCACAAGGUGCUUUGGAGAAUCAUGUGAGGAGGGAGAUGGGUUUUGAGGCUCUGAGAUAGAGCAAUGUCAACCUGUUUCAAGUUUUUGCUUUCUUUUUCCUUUUCUUUUUUGUUUUUUCUCUUUCUUUUUUUUUCCCCAUGUAAUGUAAUAAAUAAAUAGUCUUCUAAAUAUAGUUAUAUGAGUAGGUGGGUUUAGAUAAGAGGCUGAGUAGUAGUUUGUAAAGAUGUGAAUUUCUGGAAUCAGAUGGUCCUAAUCAAAUUAGAAGAGUUCU